AAACUCUGCUCCCACACUGGAAGAGAGCUGAACCCAGAGUCACUGCACACUUUGUUGUUGAGGAUAAAGAGGAAAAAAAUUUCAAGGAUUGCAAAAUGGUCGAGAAAUUUGUUGGAACAUGGAAGAUGAUUUCCAGCGACAAUUUUGAUGACUACAUGAAAGCACUUGGUGUGGGAUUUGCAACCCGGCAGGUGGGCAACCGGACCAAGCCCAAUUUAAUAGUGACGGUGGACGACCAAGGGACUAUAUGCCUGAAGUCUCAGAGCACCUUCAAAACCACCGAAAUCAAGUUCAAACUCAACGAACCUUUUGAAGAGACGACCGCAGACGACAGAAAGACCAGGACCGUGGUGACUCUGGAGAACGGCAAACUUGUGCAGAAACAGAACUGGGAUGGCAAAGAAACGAAUAUCGAGAGAGAGAUCACAGAUGGGAAAUUGAUAGCGAAAUGCAUCAUGGGAGACGUGGUCGCAGUGAGGACAUACGUAAAGGAGGCAUGAUGGAGGGAGUUUUUCUUUUUUCUUUUUCAAUUUUCAGCCCACUUGUUGGAUGCACUGCUGGAUGACAGGCUCAGUUCAAUGAGCGCAAUACCAAACUAAAGUACCGGCGUACUCUGCUUUUCUUAUUCGCUGUGUUGAUAAAAAUCACUCUUCCGUGCCUGUGUUCUCCAACAUGAUGCAUUUGGUUUCAUUUGGAAUUGUUGUGGUGAUUUGAAUAAAAAUGAAUGAAAAAGC